AUGUCCCACGUCCCACCAACCCAGUCCAUUCCCAAACCAGAGGAACCUAAAGAACCACAACAGUCUCCUCAGCAACCUCAGUUCCAGCAAGUACCUCCGAAUUUCUACCAAUUUCCACCUCAAGGUUACUACCCACCACAAGGCUUCCCGAACUACCCUCCUCAGCCUAUGCCUUACUGCCCCAACCCUUGGAUGUUCCAGCAAGCUCCACCCCAGCAAUUCCAAUCUCAAUCCCAAUCGAAGAGAGCCCAAGAGUUCGAAGAAGGUCUGAACCGUUUACGCAAAGAUUAUGCUACAGCUCCAAUUGAGAGAAAGUUGUUCCCGGACCAAAAAAUAUAUUUUAGGGUAGAAGGUUAG